UUUCAUCAAUGCUCGGUACGUCAGUCCGCCAGAAGCAGUUUGGCGACUGUUUUCGUACGAGUUGCAUAAGCCGAGUCACAGGGUGAUCAGGCUUCCAGUCCAUCUGGAAGACUACCACACGGUGUACUUCGCUCCGGGACAAGAACUAGAGCGGGUGCAAAACGCAGCGCUGGCCCGAACAAGACUCACGGCGUUCUUCUCGCUCAACGAGACGGACCCCGAGGCCAGACAGUAUCUCUACCAUGAGAUACCGAUGCAUUACACCUGGGUGGAAAGAGACAGGAGGUGGAAUCGGCGCCGAAGGGUAAUGCCCAACGAGACGUUGUCUCGGAUGUACGCGGUCAACCCCCUAGAUCGAGAGCGAUUCCUCUUGCGACUGCUGCUGCUACACAGGAGAGGUCCUCAGUCGUUCAGAGACAUGAGGACCGUCGACGGGAUCGUGUAUCCGACCUACGCGGCGGCGGCGGUGGCGCUUGGACUCCUGGAGGAUGACCAAGCCCUGCUGGCGUGCAUGACAGAGUCCGCGGCCGUGGACACUCCCGCACAGCUGCGUUACCUACUGGUGACAAUCCUGCUGUACUGCGAGGCCGCGGAUCCGCUGGCGUUAUACAUGGCAAGCGAGGAAGACCUGAGGCAAGACUUCUUCCACAGACUGAGAGACGAGGACCGCGCGAGGGCCGCGUGCCUGGACGCCAUCGGGCGGCUGCUGCAGGGUCACGGUAAAACGCUGGCCGACUACGGGUUGCCGAAUCCGGACGUCGCGCUGCUCGAAGAGGACGCGGGCGGAGACGUCUACGCCUUCGUCGACGCAGUGGUGCGUUGGACCCUGCAGUUGGACAACCUCAACGACGAACAGCGGGCGGUUUACGACCGCGUGAUGGCGGCCGUCGACGACAACCGCGACGUCCCGAAAUUGUUCUACGUCGACGGGCCCGGAG